CAGUUCAUAAACUUGUCUGAAUAAUUGAGAACCCAACUCAAAAGAUUCAAUUUUUAUUUUCAUUUUCCUUCACAUCUUCUUAGCCUAAUAAAAGAUUCGAUUUUUACACAUUUUAUUUCCCUAAUUAUUUAAUUCCCACAUAUAAUUGAAGAAAGAGAGAGAGAGAUAACACAAAAGUGGAAGUAGAAGAAGAACGAUGAGAGCUGGUUUAAGUACGAUUCAACAGACUCUCACGCCGGAGGCUGCCACCGUUUUAAACCAAUCAAUCGCCGAAGCGGCGCGUCGUAAUCACGGCCAAACCACUCCUCUCCACGUAGCAGCCACUCUUUUAGCUUCUCCGGCUGGGUUUCUCCGACGAGCUUGUAUCCGAUCUCACCCUAAUUCAUCUCAUCCUUUACAGUGUCGAGCCCUCGAGCUCUGCUUCAGCGUCGCUCUCGAGCGUCUCCCAACAGCUACAGCGACUCCGGCGAAUGAUCCUCCGAUCUCAAACGCGCUUAUGGCGGCGUUGAAACGAGCGCAAGCUCAUCAACGCCGUGGAUGUCCGGAGCAACAACAACAACCGUUGUUGGCCGUUAAAGUUGAGCUUGAACAGCUCAUUAUCUCGAUUUUGGAUGAUCCAAGUGUGAGUCGGGUUAUGAGAGAAGCUAGCUUUUCGAGUCCCGCCGUUAAAGCUACAAUUGAACAGUCGUUGAAUAAUUCGACUACUCCGACGCCGAUUCCGAGUGUUUCUUCAGUCGGGUUGAAUUUUAGACCCGGUGGUGGUGGAGGUCCGAUGACCCGGAAUUCGUAUCUUAAUCCACGGUUACAACAGAACACGUCGCCGGCGCAAUCAGGGGUGAGUAAGAACGAUGAUGUUGAGCGGGUUAUGGAUAUAUUGGGUCGGGCGAAGAAGAAAAACCCGGUUUUGGUUGGAGAUUCGGAGCCGGGUCGGGUAAUUCGUGAGAUCCUUAAGAAAAUUGAGGUCGGAGAAGUUGAGAAUUUAGCGGUGAAGAACUCAAAGGUGAUUCAUUUAGAGGAGAUCAAUUCCGAUAAGGCUCUGCGAAUCAAAGACUUAGAUGGGUUGCUUGAGACCCGAUUAAAGACUUCGGAUCCUAGCGGCGGCGGCGGAGUGAUUCUUGAUCUUGGUGACUUGAAAUGGCUUGUGGAGCAACCGAGUUCGACGCAACCGUUGGCUACGCUUGCGGUGGAGGUUGGGAGGACAGCGGUGGCGGAGCUACGGAAGCUUUUGGAGAAGUUUGAAGGAAGACUCUGGUUUAUCGGAACUGCCACGUGUGAGACUUAUUUAAGAUGUCAAGUUUAUCAUCCAUCAAUGGAGACUGAUUGGGAUCUUCAAGCUGUGUCGGUGGCAGCUAAAGCUCCGGCGUCUGGAGUUUUCCCGAGGCUUGCGAACAAUUUGGAAUCAUUCACGCCAUUGAAGAGCUUUGUGCCUGCGAAUAAUAGGAUAUUGAAAUGUUGUCCACAGUGCUCACAGAGUUACGAGCGAGAACUCGCUGAGAUUGAUUCAGUGUCUUCUCCAGAGGUUAAAUCUGAAGUAGCUCAGCCUAAACAGUUGCCACAGUGGCUGUUGAAAGCUAAACCGAUUGAUCGUUUACCGCAGGCAAAGAUUGAAGAAGUGCAGAAGAAAUGGAAUGAUGCAUGUGUGCGUCUUCAUCCUAGCUUUCAUAACAAGAACGAGAGGAUUGUUCCGAUCCCUGUUCCUAUAACGUUGACAACGAGCUCCUACGGUCCUAACAUGCUUCUUCGUCAGCCGUUGCAGCCUAAGUUACAGCCCAAUAGAGAGUUGCGUGAGAGGGUACACUUGAAGCCUAUAAGUCCUUCGGUGGCUGAGCAGGCCAAGAAGAAGAGUCCUCCAGGGAGCCCGGUUCAGACUGAUCUUGUUCUUGGACGAGCAGAGGAUUCGGAGAGAGCUGGAGAUGUGCAAGUGAGAGACUUUCUCGGCUGCAUAUCGUCUGAAUCAGUGCAGAACAACAAUAAUAUCAGUGUUUUGCAAAAGGAGAAUCUCGGGAAUUCGUUAGACAUUGAUUUGUUUAAGAAGCUGUUGAAGGGAAUGACCGAGAAAGUUUGGUGGCAGAAUGAUGCAGCUGCUGCGGUGGCUGCAACGGUUAGUCAAUGCAAGCUCGGAAAUGGGAAACGGCGCGGUGUUUUAUCAAAGGGAGAUGUCUGGUUACUGUUUUCAGGACCGGAUAGACUGGGGAAGAGAAAAAUGGUGUCAGCUCUGUCUUCUCUUGUGUAUGGGACGAAUCCAAUAAUGAUUCAGCUCGGGUCGAGACAGGAUGCUGGAGAUGGAAAUCCUAGUUUCCGUGGUAAAACCGCGUUGGAUAAGAUUGCGGAAACCGUUAAAAGGAGUCCGUUCUCUGUUAUCUUGCUCGAAGAUAUUGACGAAGCGGAUAUGUUGGUGCGUGGAAGCAUAAAACAGGCGAUGGAUAGAGGCAGAAUUCGUGACUCGCACGGCCGUGAGAUCAGUUUAGGUAACGUGAUCUUUGUUAUGACAGCGAGCUGGCAUUUCGCAGGGACCAAAACAUCGUUCCUAGACAAUGAAUCAAAACUCCGAGAUUUGGCUAGCGAAAGCUGGCGUUUGCGAUUAUGCAUGCGGGAGAAAUUUGGAAAACGGCGAGCAAGUUGGCUGUGUAGCGAUGAGGAGAGGCUGACGAAACCGAAGAAAGAACAUGGAUCGGGUUUAUCUUUCGAUUUGAACCAAGCUGCUGAUACGGAUGAUGGUUCUCAUAAUACAAGCGAUCUAACAACAGAUAACGAUCAAGAAGAGCAAGGCUUUAGCGGAAAGCUGUCACUGCAAUGCGUUCCAUUUGCGUUCCACGAUAUGGUCAGCCGUGUAGACGAUGCGGUAGCAUUUCGAGCAGUUGAUUUUGGAGCUGUGAGACGGAAAAUCACAGAAACAUUAUCUGAAAGAUUCGCAACAAUCAUUGGCGAAUCGCUAUCAAUAGAAGUCGAGGAAGAGGCACUUCAUAGAAUCUUGAGCGGAGUGUGGUUAGGCCAGACAGAGUUAGAGGAAUGGAUCGAAAAGGCGAUUGUUCCGGUGGUGAGCCAACUUAAGGCUCGAGUGUCGUCUUCCGGUACUUAUGGUGACCGUACAGUUGCUCGACUCGAGCUAGAUGAAGAUUCCGGUGAACGAAACGCCGGUGAUUUACUGCCGACAAGUAUUACGUUGGCAGUAUGAAUGAGUUGAGAACAGAGAUUGGAGUUUAGUUGUUACGGUGGAAUCUGGAAGGGU